CAACGCCAACUGCGAUGGGAGAUCGCCUUUCGUGGAAGAAAUAUACGCUAGAAGAGGAAAACUACCUCUACGUGGACAAAGAGUUCACGAUCAAAAGUCAUGUUUUGGAUAGUCGCAUAACAUUUUGGAGACAACUUACACGGUGCCAGAUCAGCGGGGCAUGCGCGCAGAAUCCGAUCGUGCGCACUGCACAAGGCGAAAUUCGAGGUCAGCAAAAGGAGGCUGUUACUGGGUCAACGUACUUAAGCUGGAACGGUGUCCCUUACGCCAAGCCCCCUGUCGGCGAACUACGUUUUAAGGAUUCCUUGAGUCCUGAGCCUUGGGAAGGCGUUCGUGAUGCUCUUGAAGAUGGCAGUAUGUGCAUUCAACCGAGACUUGGAGACGGAGUUUGGCCCGAUGGAAGCACCAUCGGCGACGAGGACUGUCUUUUCUUGAACAUAUACUCCCCUCAGCUACCGACCUGGCUAGAAGAUUCUCUACCCGUAUUGGUUUAUGUCCAUGGAGGAGGCUUUGUUAUUGGCUCUAGCAGUUUUCUGUACCUGAAUGAAUCGGCACCAGGCAACGCAGGGAUGAAAGACCAAGUGAUGGCUCUACGCUGGGUGCAGAAGAACAUCGCCGGAUUUCUUGGCCGACCCUCUGAGGUGACACUGGCGGGGGAGAGCGCGGGGGGAGCUUCAGUGCACCUGAAUGUGUUGUCGCCACUCACCAAAGGUUUAAUUCGACGGGCCAUUUCGCAAAGCGGGAAUGCUCUCGACCGUUGGGCAAUCCAAACGGCCCCCGAAGAAACGUCGCUGCGACUGGCCGACGCAGUGAACUGUUCCAGAGAAGACUACAACCAGACCGUGGUCUGCCUACGCGGGGUGGCCACUCAAGAUCUCAUCGUGGCAGCCUUCAGCUCAGCGCUCACAGACGUUGACCGAAACCGUUUAGGGCCGUUUACCUUUGUGCCUACAAACGACUUCCCUGUGGAGGGAGUAGAAACGUUUCUACCAGCUCCUGCGAUAGAAAUGGUGAAAAAAAAUUUAUAUCAUCCGGUGCCUUUUCUCACAGGAUUUACCUCAAGGGAAUCUUUUUUGAACUUGCCAGUGGCAUUUUUUCUAAAUGAAACCGUAGCAAGGAUUUUGGAUGCGUCUUGGGACACGAAAAUCCUACCGGAGCUCUCUCUUCCGGACGAUGGAGACAAUAACGAGGAGGCAUUAAGUGCCCUGCGUCAAUUCUACAUGGACGGACAGCCGCUCACCAACGACACGUUGCUCGGAUUCAUGGACAUGCUUACUGACAUACAAUUUGGUAAGGCAGUAUAUUACUGUUUAAGAAUGAUGGCAGAAUCAUACAAGACAGUUUUGCACCAGUAUAUCUUUGACGUCAGUGAUGAACUGAAUACUUUGAAGAUCGCGUUAAACGUUACAGAUAUUCCAGGUGCUGGUCACGGCGAAGAUAACAACUACCUCUUCCGCAUAGAGGGACUUCCCGAAGUAUCGGAGAACUCGUCAUCGGCGAGAAUUCGACGCGAAAUGGUGCGCCUAUGGACAAACUACAUUAAAUUUGGUGACCCGACACCCAUUGAUGAUCCACUGCUGCAGGGAGUGGACUGGAAACCUUUUACAAAGCAUGAACAUAAUUAUCUCUACAUUGGAGAAGAGCUUCAUUCUGGGAAAGACCUAUACAAGAAUCGAUCUCUUUUCUGGGAAGGAUUUUAUAGGAAGUUUGGACAUGAUUAGUGACGUAUUUGCUGGUCCAAAAAGUACUUAUUACAGAAAACAAAAUGUUGCAUUUACUAACCGUGUUACAUAACAAUGCCUCGAUAUCCGUCACCUCUAUGUUUCCUCAAAUGCAUCACUUCAUUUUAAAAUAAUGGCAUAACAAAUUUCAUACUAGGUUAAAGGGGGAAAAUAUAUACAAAAUUUAUUUCUUUAAAUGAAUAAUGGUCAAUGAAUGCUUUAAUAAAACUAAAUAUGUUGACCGACUUUACUUAGAAAAACUGUAUGUGUUCCUAAUAGCAAUAAACUCUCAGCAGAUAGUAUUGUUCAUCAGCAUAAUAAACUAUGUACUUACAUUUCCC